AUGUGGUAAACAAGCUGGUUCUGAAGAUCCACAAGCAAAGGUCGACUGAGCGAUGUCAACUUGUGCAUUCGGCAACAAAGAUAAUUCGCUCAACUCCUGACCUCUACCUACAAACCAGACUGCGGUGUGUGUCUCAAAGAAAAUCUUCGCUUUCAACAAUUUCCCUGCAAUUAUUAGGUGUAGGGUCAAUUAACAGAACUCAGAAUAAAACUUAGUUCCUCGUAGUUCCAUUGUCAGAAUAGCAUCGUACAAAAUGAAAAUAAUGCUGCUCUUUCUUUUUCUGAUUUCUAUCCCUGCGUUAAUAUCCUCUGAUUACAUAAUAAUGGAAUCGUACCGGCAGAAGAGGCAUGCGAACUCUUUGUCAAAUGAUCAGAAACCAGCCGGAAGAACCCUGAAGAAAAGGAGCAUUGAGGAACUUGCCAAAAAUCCUGAGGGGGAGCUUGAAAUUUACAGUAUGAAGAUUGAGUCCAAAGUUACUUCGCGAUUUGCUCACAACAUGGUAAUCAACCGAGUGGUAAAUCGAGCAAAUGAAUCGAGGGAAGCUUUCUUUGAAAUGGAACUACCUAAAACUGCAUUUAUUACCAACUUCAGCAUGACUUUAGAUGGAGUGACGUACGUGGGAGCAGUAAAAGAAAAACAAGUUGCCCAGCAGCAGUACCAACAAGCAGUUUCACGAGGCCAAUCUGCAGGGCUUGUAAAAGCAUCUGGAAGAAAAAUGGAGAAGUUCAAGGUGUCAGUAAAUAUUGGACCAACGAAAAAAGUCACCUUUGAACUAACAUAUGAAGAAUUAUUAAAACGUAAUCUGGGGAAAUAUGAAAUGCAUAUCAGAGUAAAACCUAAGCAAUUUGUCAAACAUUUCCAGAUAGAUGUACUUAUUUUUGAACCGCAAGGCAUUGCCUUUCUAAAUGUUGAUGCAAAGUUCCUAACAAAUAAUCUAACUUCAAUUGUGAAAAAGACUCUUACUGCAACAAAGGGCCAUGUUUCCUUUAAACCAACUCUUGAGCAACAGCGCAAAUGUCCUGAUUGUCAUGAGACUAUUCUGGAUGGAGACUUCAUCAUAGCAUAUGAUGUCAAUAGAGACCUGUCUGCUGGUAGUGUUCAGGUUGUAAAUGGGUAUUUUGUACAUCAUUUUGCUCCUGGUAAUCUACCUAGAAUACCUAAAAAUGUUAUAUUUGUGAUUGACCAAAGUGGAUCUAUGACAGGGACUAAAAUGCGUCAGACAAAUGAAGCCCUUCUAAAAAUUUUGGAUGAUAUGGGCACAGAAGAUCAUUUUGCCAUUAUUACCUUUCAUAGCUCUUUUGAAAUAUGGAAAAAUACCAUUCAUCAAGCAACUCCAAACACUGUGACUAAAGCUAAAAUGUUUGUGGAAACUAUUAGUGCCAGAGGAGGAACAAAUAUAAAUGAUCCAAUGUUGAAAGCAGUAAACCUUCUAAAUAAGGCCCAUCAAGACAAGCUUCUGCCUGAAAGAAGUGUCUCUAUGAUUAUUUUGUUAACUGAUGGUGAUCCAAAUGAAGGUGUAUCAAACCCAACAACAAUCCAGCAGAAUGUGAAAAGUGCCAUUAAUGGCAGGUACAAUGUGUAUUGCCUUGGGUUUGGUUUUGAUGUUAAAUACAGUUUUCUGGAGAAAAUGGCACUGGACAAUAAUGGUGUAGCACGGAGAAUUUAUGAGGAUUCAGAUGCUCCCUUACAACUUCAGGGAUUUUAUGAUGAAGUAGCAAACCCCUUGCUUUUGAAUAUUGAAUUGCAAUAUCCUGAGAAUGCAAUCUCAGAUUUAACUCAGGCAAAUUUUAGGCAGUAUUACGAUGGGUCAGAAAUUGUAGUGGCUGGCAAGAUUUCAGACAAUCACCUGGAUUUUCUCACAGCAGAGGUCAUUGCUCACACUGCCAGUGAAAACCUAACUCUAAAAGCUGAAGUGCAAGUAUCAGAAGGUGAAAAUGUUACUCAGCAGCAGCAAUACAUUUUUGGUGACUUCACUGAGCGACUGUGGGCCUAUUUGACCAUACAACAGCUCUUAGAGAAGCGGGUUUCUGCAGAGACAAAUGAAAAGGGAAACCUAACUGACAGAAUUCUGGAACUGUCACUGAAGUACAGCUUUGUAACCCCAUUAACAUCAAUGGUUGUUACAAAACCAGAGGAAAACAAGAAUGACAGCUUUGUGGCUGACAAAUCAACAGAAGAUGAAAAACCCAGCGCACAAAAAACACAUCAUAGUGCUCCAGGAUAUAAAAGCCGUGUUCAUGCCUUCACAUCUGUUGACAGUGAUCCUCAUUUUAUCAUUUCAAUAAACGACCACACUGAUGCUAUUUGUUUCAACGUUGAUGGUAAACCAGGAGCAAUUCUAAAUCUGGUCACGGAUCCAUAUAAAGAUUUUGUUGUAAAUGGACAGCUGAUUGGAGUGAAGGAAGUAGAAAAUAACAAGAAAAUGAAAACUUACUUUGGAAAGCUUGGAAUUGCAAGUAAUAAAAUGGAUAUAAAAGUUGAAAUAUCAACAGAAAUGAUUGCAAUCGUUCAUGGACAAGAUGAGAUUACUUUCCCCUGGUCACAAACAGUGUCUUUAACAAAAGAAAGCUUCUCAAUCUCAAUUAUGAAAGAGAAGAAUCUCACACUAACAAUGGGAGAUGAUGCAACAUUUGUUAUUGUGCUGCAUCAUGUGAGGAAAAACCACACUGUACACAGAGACUUUCUGGGAUUUUAUACACUUGACAGCCACAGCUUGUCAAAUAUGACCCAUGGAUUGCUUGGCCAGUUUUACAAUGAAGUAAAUGCUGUGGUACGUAACUUUAGCCCUCGCUUACAUCAAGACAAACUUCGUGCAACAAUGAUUGUAAAAGGUCACAAACUUAGGGUAGCAAGGGUGUACGAGAAAGAUUACAGGCUUGAUUCAAACCGAGGCACCAAUAUCCCAUGCUGGUUUAUUCGCUCCAGUGGGAAAGGAUUUAUAGACGGAAUUGCCACUGACUAUGUCGUUUCUUCUUUAUUUGACUCACUGCAUUCAUAAUCUGAGAGCACAUGAUGAAAGUUUAACCUUUUUGUAUCCCUUUAUUAUUCAGUUGCUGAUAUGAUGAAUACAUAUAGUUUAACAGUUAUAAAUCUGCAAGUACUUCAAUUAUGUAUUUUCACAUUUGUAAUUUACUCGCCUGUGUUAUCUGGUCAGAUUCGAUUUGUAUAUGUCAAAAAUGGAACCAACUGUUACAAGGUGAAUUCCAUGUUGACUCAAUAGAAAUUGAAUCUUGUAGUUUCUGAAAAUGUUUUGGCCUUGGGAUCCAAUUCCACCUUCCAUCGUGUUCAUGGAAGGAGCCGGAUUUCAGGUGCAAUCUCACAGGAGCUGGUCAAUUAAGCACCUUUCUCUGAGAUCACAGUUCAAUUUGAGAAAGAAGGCAGCUGGAGGAGGUGAAAGUGCUAAUCAUUACCUGCAAUGUAAUGACAGCCAACAAUCCAUAUAGUUGCAGCAAGAGAAUGCUGCUGAACAUGUUGGGGCAUGAGAAGCAAUGUAGUGAAAGAGAGGUGAGACUAACAGCACCAGAAGGUUUCUGUAAAGUUUCUCUGUUGUGGACAGCAGACUUCCUGUGAGACUACUGCAUUGCAGGUCAAUCAUCUGUUGAUACUAAAGAAUAUGGAGGAGAAAUUAAGUACCAUCACCAUCACUAAAGAAGUAGUAUUGGACAAACCCAUUGAACUAAAUGCAAAUUUGGCCCUUGAAUCUGAUGGCUUGCAUCCUAGAAUCCUAAAAGAGGGAGCUCCAGAGAUAGUGACGAGUUUGUUGUAACUUUCCAAUAAUUGUUAGAUUCUGGAGAAGUACCAGAGGAUUAGAAAACUCCUAAUGUGACACCCCUGUUCAAAACACGGGUGGUUAUAGGCUAAUUAGCCCAAGCAUCUAUUGUUGAAAAGUACUGGAAUCAAUUGUUAGGGAAGUAAUUUCAGAACAUUUGGAAAGUCAUGAUCUAAUCAACUGGAGUCAGCAUGACUUUAUGAAAGGUAAAUCGUGUCAACAACGUUUUAAAUUAGAUUCCCUACAGUGUGGAACCAGGCCCUUUGGACCAACUAGUCACACCAACCCUCCGAAGAGUAACCCACACAGUUUUUCCUAUUAUUUAUUAUUAAAUAUUAUUAAAUAUUCCCCAUAUUUACUCCCAACUAAUGCACGUAAGUCUAUGGGCAAUUUAGCAUGAUCAAUUCACCUAACCUGCACAUCUUUGGACUGUGGGAGGAAACCAGAGCACCCGGAGGAAACCCACACAGACAUAGGGAGAAUGUGCAAAUGCCACACAGACAGUUGCCCGAGGCUGAAAUCCAACCCGGGUCCCUGGCGCUGUGAGGCAGCAGUGCUAACCACUAGGCCACGUGCCACCCAAUAUUAAGAGUUUUUUGAGAAAAUCUCAACCAGAGUGGAUAGGGCAAAACCAGUAGCUGUGUUGUAUUUGAACUUCCAGAAGAUUGCAGGAGGUAGUAUAUUGGUUUGGAUAGAUAAUUGGCUCACAGACAGGAAACUGUGAGUGGGGGUAAGGGCUUAUUUACAAUGUAUACUAGUGACCCGGAGGAAGGAAGUGAAUGGACUAUAGCUAGAUUUGCAGACAAUGCAAAAGUAUGUGGAAAAGCAGGUUGUAAGAGGGAUACAAACAAUAUACAGAGAGAUACUGAUAGAUUGUUAGUGUGGAAAAAGUUGGCAAAUGGAGGGAAAAUGUGGAAAAAUGCAAAGUUCAUUUUAGAAGGGAGAACAAAAGAAUGUGGGAAGCUAUGGAAGUGAUUGCUGGUCCCCUUGCUGAGAUAUUUGUAUCAUCAAUAGCCACAGGUAAGGUGCCAAAAGACUGGAGAUUGACUAAUGUUGUGCCACUAUUUAGGAAAGGUGGUAAGGAAAUGCCAGGGAGCCACAGACUAGUCAACUUAACAUCAGUGGUGAGCAAGACAUUGGAGGGGAUUCUGAGGGAUAGGAUUUACAUGCAUUUGGAAAGGCAAGGACUGAUCAGGGAUGGUCAACAUGACUUUGUGCAUGGGAAAUCAUGUCUCACUAACUUGAUUGAGUUUUUUGAACAAAUAUAAAAGAGGAUUGAUGAGGGCAGCGCGGUGGACGUGACCUAUAUAGUCUUCAGUAAGGCAUUCGACAAGGUUCCACAUGGGAGACUCGUUAGCAAGGUUAGAUCUCAUGAAAUACAGGGAGAACUAGCCAUUUGGAUAAGAAGUGGUUCAAAGAUAAGGAACAUACUGUGGUGGUGGAGCGUUGCAUUUCAGCCUGGGGGCCUAGGCCAAUGGUGUGCCAACAAGGAUUGGUGCUGGGUCCAUUGCUUUUCAUCAUUUAUAUAAAAGAUUUGUAUGUCAACAUAGGAGGUAUGAUUAGUAAGUUUGCAGAUGACACCAAAAUUGGAGGUGUGGUGGAGAGCAAGGAAGGUUACCCCAGAGUACAACGGGAUCUUGAUCAGAUGGGCCAGUGGACUGAGAGUGGCAGGUGGAGUUUAAUUUAGAUAAAUGCAAGGUGCUACAUUUUAGGAAGGCAAAUCAGGGCAUGACUUAUACAUUUAAUGGUAAGGUCCUGGGGAAUGUUGCUGAACAAGGUACCUUGGAGUGCAGGUUCAUAGUUCCUUGAAAGUCAAGUCACAGGUAAACACAAUGGUGAAGAAAGCGUUUGAUAUGCUUGACUUUAUUGGUAAGUGUAAUGAGUAUAGGAGUUGGGAGGUCAUGCUGGGCUGUACAGGACAUUGAUUAACCACUUUUGGAAUACUGCAUCCAAUUCUGAUGUCCCUGGUAUAGGAAGGAUAUUAUAAAACUUGAAAGGAUUCAGAAACGACUUACAAGGAAAUUACCAGGAUUGGAGGAUGUGAACUAUAUAGGCAAGGGUUAUUUUCCCUGGAGCUUCUGAGGAUUAUGGAUGACCUUAUAGAGGUUUAUUAAAUCAUGAGGGGCAUCAAUAAGGUAAAUAGCCAAGGUCUUUUCCCUGGGAUGAGGGAGUCCAAAACUGGAGGACAUAGGUUUAAGGCGAGAGGGGAAAGAUUUAAGAGGGACCUGAGGGGUAACUUUUUCACACAGAGGGUGGUCCGUGUAUGGAAUGAGUUCCCUGAGGAAGUGAGAGAGGCUAGUAUAAUUACAACAUUUAAAAGGCAUCUGGGUGGGUAUAUGAAUAGGAAGGGUUUAGAGGGAUAUGGGUCAUAUGGUAGCAAAUGGGAUUAGACUAAUUUGGGAUAUCUGACAGGCAUUGAUGAGUUGGACCAAAGGGUCUUUUUCCAUGCUGUACAAUUCUAUGACUCGAGAACAUUAUUCAAGUGGAGAAAAACUGCAGAAAGCUACAACACAAAGGGACUCGGUGCUAUUUGGUCCUCUCAUUAUAAGGAAAGAUUGUUUCAUUGGAGGCAGUUCAGCGAAGGAUCACUCGAAUGAUCACUAUCAAGGGAUUGUCUUAUCAUCAAAUGUUAAACAGAUUGGGUCUCAUUGGAGUUUAGAGAGGUGAUUUCGCUAAAACAUAUAGGAAUCUUAAGGAGAUUGACAAGUUAAAUGCUGCGAAGAUGUUUCCCCUCACAGGAGAGUCUAGGACCAGACAGCAUAGUUUCCAAAUAAAGGGGUGCAAACUUAAGACUGAGAUGAGGAAGAACUUCUUCUCUCAGAGCAUUGAGAGUCUUUGGAACUCCUUGCCACAGAGAGCUGUGGUGGCAGAGUCCUUAUGUAUAUUUUAGGCUGAGAUAAAUUCUUGAUCAGUAGGUGAAUCAAAGGUUACAAGGAAAGGGCAGGAAAGUGGAAUGGAAGGCAUAUUGGAUCAUAAUCUUAUUGAAUGGUGAAGCAGGGGCUGAAUGGCCUACUCUCAUUCCUAUUUCUUAUAAUUUAAUGAUCUUAGGCAGGCAUGUGUGCUAAUUGCCAUUUUUUGUCAUGCAAUGGUCAGAUGUUCUGGACCUAUCAAGCUUGAACAUCUUGAUGUGUACUCACCUCCUGUGAACUGAAGGAAAUUUGUGUGUCUUCCAGGCUAAGCCAGGCUCCAUUUUAAGGUUUUGCAUGGGUUUUAGUGACUGUAUAAUUGUAAUGCUGAAUACAGUUACAACAAAGUGCUUAAUCACUGAAAAAUUGUUAUACAUACAGAAUGUACUAUUUCAAAUUUACACAAAUAAAUCAAUUUUAUUUCAAAUUA